UCUUUCAUCUACUCUCUGACACACAGCCUCUCUCUCUCUCUCUCUCUCUCUCUCUCUCUCUCAUAUUUAAAGGCCGCAGAGGGCUGAACAAAACCCAAGAAAAGCAGAGAAAGCAGCGGAGGGAGCCGCAUCCACAGCAAAAUCCAACUUUACCUCGUGCGAGUCACGAGAACCGCUUAAACUCACAAGAAAAACAACGGGAUUGAUAAAAAAAGGCAAGAGAAUUAAUGGAGAAGAGCAGCAGAAGCACAGAGAAAACAAAGAAAAGCGGAGAAGAACAUGGGCAAGUUCUAGACGGUUCAGAUAUAAUGGAGUUGGUUGAGAACGAGGAGGUGUUUAGGAGUUUCGUGGAUCAUAAGUUCCAGGAGCUUGAUAGAGACAAAGACGGUGAGCUCUCUUUGAAGGAACUUGAGCCUGCUGUUGCUGAUAUUGGUGCUGCCCUUGGCUUGCCUGCUCAGGGUUCAUCUCCUGAUUCUGAUCAUAUCUAUUCUGAGGUUCUCAACGAAUUCACCCAUGGCAAGCAAGAAAAGGUGACCAAGACUGAAUUCAAAGAGGUUCUCUCAGAUAUUUUACUAGGAAUGGCUACUGGUUUGAAGCGAGACCCUGUAGUUAUCCUCCGCAUGGAUGGUGAAGAUCUCUUGGACUUCAUCAACGGACCAAGUUAUGAACCAGAAUUGGUCUCCAUAUUUUCACAGCUACAAUCAGCUGAUGGAUCCCUGCAUGAUUUCAUCGUUAAAGCCUUUGAAAAGCUUACAGUUGAUCAAGGAAUGCCCCCAUCUUCAGAUUCCUGGGUAACGAGCAACAUUGUGGAACCAGCCUUGGAAUCUUGCACUAGACAAGAUCAUGAUAAACCCAUAUCUCAAGAAACGUUCUUGGUGGAAUUCAAAAAAGCAGCAGAACUUAUGGCUCAACGUCUCAAAGAACAGCCUGUUAUUGUUGCUCAUAGUGAAAAUACAUUUGAUGGGAGUGGCAUUAAGAGACUAUUAACCAACAAGUUUGAAUUAGAAAAGACUCUGAAUGCAGCUUUAGAAAAUGUACCAAGAGAUAGAAAUGGGAAAAUGUCCAAGGAGUAUUUACGGGUGGCACUGGAUUCAUUGGCUCCAUCAGCUGGUCUACCUCCAAUUGGUGCUGUCGACGAGAUAGACAAGGUGGUAGAUCAAGUGUUUAAGAUGAUCGAUGCAGAUGAUGGAAAGCUGGUUAAAGAAGAUGAGUUCAAGAGAAUAUUGACUGAAAUCCUGGGGAGUGUUAUGUUGCAAUUAGAAGGAAAUUCCAUCUCAGUUUCUUCAAAUUCUGUUGUGCAUGAGCCUCUUGCUUCCUCCUCUAAACUUCUGCAGCCAACUUCCUAGCUAUUAUAUCUAUCUUUGGUGUUCUAAAUAUAUUAAUAUGUCAGAAUAAUUAAAAAUAUAAAAAGAGGAACAAUUAUUUGUUAGCAUACAGUGAAGGUGGAUGGCAACUCAUGGUUGUGUUUUAUGUGCAAUUAACUUGAUUGUGCUAAUAUUCAAUCAUGUGGUCAUGGUUAGCCGACCAUUGUCAAUGAUAAUCUGUAAUUUCUUUCGUCUA